AUGAGCCAAGGAGAGCUGGUGUUUUGUGGACAGUCUGAAGACAUGGUGGAUUUCUUCAGCAGCUGUGAAUAUGAGUGUCCCGAGUACUGCAACCCCUUUGAUAUUUAUGUGGAUCUGACCUCAGUGCACACACGCUGCAGUGAGAGGGAAGCUGCCACCUACAGCCGCAUGUAUGACAUCACAUCAGCCUAUCGGAACUCAGAGAUUUAUAAAGGCAUGCUGGGACGGAUCGAGCAGAGCUGCCAGAGACCAGAAAAACCCAUGAUCCCUUUCAAAAGUCCCCCAGUUGCCUGUCCAAACUCAAUGUCCUCCUCAGUUCCUGCUUUAAGGGCCAUUGCUGAUCAGGAGAGUAAAGAUGGCUUGUACCAGAAAUGGCAGAUGUUUGUGGCCUACAUCAUUCAUAUCCUCCCCCUUCAGUAUAAUCAGUGUAUUUAUCUUCACCUCUUUCCUAUACUGUCAUACAAUAACGAUACUAAAACAGUUAUAAUUCCUAAAAUAAACGCGGAUACAUUGUGGGAUGUGGCUGCAGCAGAAGUGCGCAACAGGGAGAACAGGACAGGUGAAGAGGAUGCUGAGGAAAAUGUACACUUCUCAACCGAGAGAACCGUUUUCUUUAUGGGCAGUAAAGCAGGGGGUAAAACAGCAAUAUUACUGCGAUUUCUUGACAGAGAUGAAGCACCUAAACCUACACUGGCCUUGGAGUACACUUUUUGUAGAAGGGCAAGAGGGCAUAAUACAUCUAAAGACAUAGCUCAUCUGUGGGAACUGGGAGGUGGCAUUUCCUUAUCAGAUCUAGUUCAGAUUCCCAUCACAGCUGACAAUAUCAGUGCAUUGUGUGUGGUUCUUGUUCUGGAUCUGUCCAAACCCAAUGCUCUGUGGGAGACCAUGGAAAGGCUGCUCGAGUCAGCUCGAAGCCAGGUGGAAAAAGUGUGUGCCUUACUCCAAAAGACAAGAGAAUCCAGAUCUGGCAAACAACAGAACCAGAACAGAGUCCCACAAGUCCUCCACAAGGAUUAUCUGGACAGAGAGCUCAUAAACCCUUUCCCUGUUCCUCUUCUCAUAAUUGGUAGCAAGUUUGACAUCUUUCAGGACUUUGAUUCAGAGAAGAGAAAGGGGAUCUGUAAGACUCUACGCUUUGUAGCCCACUUCUUUGGAGCAUCAUUAAUUUUCACCAGCAGUAAGUCAGAAACCACAAUGUCUAAAGCCAGGAGUUUUGUCAAUAAGCUGGCGUUUGGGACUGAAAAACCAAAGUCAGUUUCUACAGACCACAGCAAACCUCUGGUUAUUCCAGCGGGCCAAGACUCCCUCAGUCAGAUUGGUCCACCCAUGACCUCUGAUGUUGAUAUUGGAGCCCUACAUGCCAAAAACCCCUUAGAACUUUGGAAAAAGUUUUUUGAAAGGGUUUUCCCACCAGAGAACAUCAAGGAACGGAAAGAGCUGAAAGAUCCUGCCAAAGACCCCCAGUACAACGAGCCCCUAAUAGACUCCAUGAGGGGACAGAAAGACCAGGAGCUGGAGCAGUACAAGAGAGAGCAGGCGAAGUCCUGGAAGAAUUUGGCUCUGGACCCAUAAAUUUAAGUAUUACAUCUAAGCACGGUACCACAUGGACUUAGAUGUAAUGUUUGAUGUAAGGUAUGUACAAUACUAUUUAGCUACAUUAUUCACUUUCAUUAUGUACAAUAAAGGAUGAUGAGUUUUAGCUAUAAUCUAUUUAUUUUGUGUAAUGGCACUGUUUCACCUUUGUAAUUAAAUUUUUUUAUCUACAUUUUGUUAGAAAUUAUAAUUUGGACCAUGUAUUUUGAAAAUGAAUUACUAAAUGUAUACAGUGCAUUUUGCUGCUUCAGUGUUCAAGGAUUUCUCUUUAAAGCACCCUUAAUGAAUAAUACCAAAGACACAAAACACAGGUCUAGUUCCAAAUUAAACAAAAACGUUUAUUUAGUAUGUUGUCCCCCCCUUACUGAGAAUAUGCAAAAAUAUAAAAAAGAAAAAAAGUGCCAUAACAAUUAAAUGUAUCGAAAUAAAGAAAAAUAAAUAAACA